AUGCUUACAACUCGGCUCUUCCAGCCGAGUCUCAUUAUAGAAAGGCGAAAUCGCGUAACGGAUAUUGCAGCUGGGCGCAAGUUCACCCGAGCCCCGACACUACCCCAACAGCAAUCUGAUAAGGCCCCUGCAGCCUCAACCAAGCAGCGGCCGCAAUCCUCCGCGGACAGGUCCGGGGUGCACUGCACCAGCGCAAAGAUUGACCGGAAAUCGGGCCCGCUCGCGUUCCCGGCCGCCGCUUUCCACCGGGCCCCGCCCGAGGCCGCCACGGCCCGAAGGCCGUCAAGAAGGGCCCGAAGAUCCGAAACGAACUUGUCGGGGCUCGUGGCGUUCUGA